CAAGCUGUAAGUGUUGAUUUAUCAAGCCCUCAAGAAAAUGAGUUUCAACAAAGAUUUCUUCAAUGUUCAUAAAUUACACACAAUUCCCAGACAUUAAGAAGAGGAAGUUCUAAAACUGAUAGGCCACCUAUUUGGAAAGGUAAGAUUUAUAGAGAGAAACUUUCCUUCCAAUACUAUACCCAGCAUUCCUGGCCCGUGGAACCUGCUCUGGUCUACUGCGCUCUUACAGGAUCCUCUGACACAGCGCAGAGUCCACCAGGGAUCUCCUUUGACAGCGCUUGGAAGGGAUGGGCUGCCCCCUUCCGGAGAGAACUGAGCAUGCGCCUGGCUCUUUCGCGAACUCAAAACGUUCCGGGAAAGUGGGGGGUACUUCUGCUUUUUCUACGGCGUCCGGUUCUGCUUCCUCUCGCUGUGAACCUUCGGUUGAGCCAGGAGACCGAGAGGCUGUAAGGAAUUCUCUCCCAGGGGGAGAUCCAGGCGUGACUCGGAGUGAGUGGGGGUCUUUUUUCUGAGGCUGGAGGCGAGCAUGGAGCAUGCAAAGCUUCAUCAAGUUCCAAGUAGCGGAAAGGGCGGGGAGGGGGAGAGUUCGAGGUCCUGUAUUCCCCAGCCAUCCCUUGGAAGAAAGGGACACGCAGGGCAGCUCCGCACCUGCCGGGUUUUCCCCAGGAAGAAAAUUAGGGUCGCCGGAAAGAGUGGAUACAUUUACCCUCAUGCGGGGAGAGGGAGAGGUUGCCUUUCCAAAACAAACAGAAUCUCUUGAUUCCUGCACAAUUUCCUGAAAAUUAAUUGCCCCCCCCCUUUUUAAAAAGGGGUUUCCCUCGCCUCCCCUUUCCUGGGCCGAGAGAAGCGACCGGCCAAAGUUCCUCUGGCUUGCUUGUAUGCAAGGCUGCAAUUCCGUGUGUAAAGAGUCGAGUGCAAGGCAUGUAAGGACUGGAACUCAGUUUCCUCAUUUCCUGCCUUUCCCCAUCAUUUCUUUGGUGUCUGUGCCGGCAGGCAAAUAAAGAAUGUGUUACAAGAAGUGCUUGCAUUGAAUGGUGGCUUGUUAAUUCUGGACUUCACCCAGGGGUUUGGGUCAGGAGGUUCAUGGGGUUCUUCUCCCCUGAGUUUUACUAGAAAUUCAAAUAUCAAUUGAACUCCCUGCCUAAUCAAUUUAGAUAGGUACUGACAUCAAUUUGUGUGUGCGCGCCUGAAGACAUCAUUUGGAUUGUGCAAAGGGUUGUAGGCAGCAACAAAAAUGAUUUGCUAUAAAUAAUUAGGAAAUAGAAUGCCAAAACAUAUUUUAAAUAUAUUUAUCCAAUAUAUUGAUUCCUUGACAGAAGUUGAGGCAGAAGAGUGCUAGCAAAUUUCCCCCAAACAUAAAAAGUAUAUCUAAAAAGACAUCCCCUUCCCCCCAAAAUAAAACCUUUGCAGAAAUUGGUGGGGUCAGAAGAAUUUCUUUUGUUUAUUUAUUUAUUUAUGGAGGAGGAUGCUCAAUAUUCAGAUUUGCCACCCUGUUGAACACUCUUGUGUUUUCCAUUUCAGUUCUGUAAACCAUAAAUCUUUCCUAAUUCCUCUGGAGACCGAAAUAUCUUGUGAGGGCUGAGGGCUGAAUGGCGUUAGGAGGUUUGGCCAGACCUCUUUGAUUAGGAAGACCUGGGGAGAUGCAUAGGUCCAUAUUGGUGCUGGGUUAGAGACCAGAGAGAAGAUGGAGGGACAACGCCCAGCAGAUGCAGGAGCUGGAAAAGGUCAUCCUGCUUCUCAGCCUUGGAGCUGUGGGAAGAAUAUGGCAAGUCCUGGGCAGAAGAGCCAAGAAGAGGAAGUCAGCAGUUCAGAGGUCCAAUGUUAUGACUUCAGCAAAGUGCAAUUCUAGGAGGGGAGGGGUCCCCGAAAUGUUUGCACUCAGCUUCACCGCCUUUGCCGUCAGUGGCUGCAGCCAGAAAAACACACCAAGGUUGAGAUGCUGGACCUGGUGCUCCUGGAGCAGUUCCUGGCUGUCCUUCCCCCAGAGAUGGAGAAAUGGGUGAGAGAGUGUGGAGCAGAGACCAGUUCCCAGGCGGUGGCCCUGGCUGAAGGCUUUUUGCUGACCCAGGAGUCUGAGAAGAUGCAAGCAGAGUUGCAGUCCUUGCAAGCUGUCACCGAGUAUCCCCAGGGAUGGAAAGAUUCAUCAAAAUCCUCUCAAGAGCUGCUAUUCAGGGAGAGUUUCCAGAAAGUUCAAAGUCAGGACAUCACAACAGUUAAUAGAAAGCUGUCCUUACUAUUUUUAGAACAACCUUCUCUUUGUGAUAGAACUAAAAGAGUGGCUGAACCUCUGCCUCAGGAUUUUGUGUCUUUGGAGGAAGUGACUGUGUAUUUUUCUGAGGAGGAGUGGUCUCAGCUGGAUCCUGCCCAAAAAGCUCUCCAUGGGGAAGUCAUGCUGGAGAAUUCCAGGAAUCUGGCUUAUCUGGGCUAUAAUGAACAAGUGAAUAAGAAUUGUAAGGAACAAUGUCAACCAGUCCAUGCGAAAAAGAAAAACAGGAAUUUUGCAGAUCAGAUGCAGACAAAGAUUGAUGAAACAAACCAAUCACAACGUAAAAUUAAAAAAAGCUUUCCUUUGCCCAAUCGCCUUCUUAGCCAAGCAAUCAUCAAUAUGGGAGAAAUACCAUACAAAUGCAUGGAUUAUGAAAAAAGCUUUAAUAAAUCAGAUCAUCUCAUUUCCCAUAAAGAGACACAUUCAGAAGACAAACAAUAUACCUACAUGGAAUGCGGAAAGGCCUUCUGUUAUUAUGACUCUCUUACAAUCCAUCAAAGGAAUCACACAGGAGAACAACUUUAUAAAUGCAUGGAGUGUGGAAAGGCCUUUAAUUGUAGCAGUCGUCUUAAUGUGCACAAGAGGAUCCACACAGGAGAAAGACCUUAUAAAUGCAUGGAGUGUGGAAUGGCGUUUACUCGUAACUGUUAUCUUACUAUCCACAAGAGGGUCCACACAGGAGAGAAGCCAUAUAAAUGCAUGGAGUGUGGAAAGAGCUUUACUCAAAGCAGUAGUUUUAAUUCUCACAGGGUGGUCCACACAGGAGAGAAGCCUUUUCAAUGCAUGGAGUGUGGAAAGAGCUUUACUCAACGCUGUAGUCUUAAUUCCCACAAGAGUGUCCACACAGGAGAGAAGCUUUAUCAAUGCAUGGAAUGUGGGAAGGCCUUUACUCGUAACAGUCGUCUUAUUACCCACAAGAGGAUCCACACAGGAGACAAGCCUUAUAAAUGCAUGGAGUGUGGAAAGGCCUUUUUUCAUAGCAGUUCUCUUAGUUCUCACAAGAAUGUCCACACAGGAGAGAAGCCUUAUCAAUGCAUGGAGUGUGGAAAGACUUUUACUCGUAGCAGUCGUCUUAAUUCCCACAAGAGGAUCCAUACAGGAGAGACACAAUAUCAAUGCAUGGAGUGUGGAAAGAGCUUUACUCGUAAUAGUCAUCUUAAUUCCCAUAAAAAGAUCCAUACAGGAGAGAAGCCAUAUCAAUGUCUUGAAUGUGGAAAGAGUUUUAUGUGGAAUUGUGCUCUCACCUCCCAUAAAAGGAUCCACACAGGAGAGAAGCCAUAUAAAUGUAUGGAAUGUGGAAAGGGAUUUAGGAAGAAUUGUGAUCUUUCUUCCCAUAAAAGGAUCCACACAGGAGAGAAGCCAUAUCAAUGUCUUGAAUGUGGAAAGAGUUUUAUGUGGAAUUGUGCUCUCACCUCCCAUAAAAGGAUCCACACAGGAGAGAAGCCAUAUAAAUGUAUGGAAUGUGGAAAGGGAUUUAGGAAGAAUUGUGAUCUUUCUUCCCAUAAAAGGAUCCACACAGGAGAAAAGCCAUAUCAAUGUCUUGAAUGUGGAAAGAGUUUUAUGUGGCAUUGUGCUCUUACUUCCCAUAAAAAGAUCCAUAGAAGUGGAAAAAACUUAUGAAUGCAAGGAGUGUGGAAAGAGCUUUUCAAGAAGAUAUACUCUUACUUUUCAUAGAAAGAUACAUGAAUAAAGUUAGGACAAUCACUGCAGGAAUUGGCGGUAGAGAUCUGCCAUAUUGGGAUGUGCUGCAAUUCACUAAGGAAUUACUACUUUUUUGGGUUUUGGAAUCUCUCUCCAGCUUGAAAUCAUUUACUCAAAAGAGAGCUUAGUAAUAUGCUGUCAUAUCUCUGAGGUAAGCCAGACAGGAAUCAUGGCCAAACAGGCUAACUCUAUUGUAAAGCUAUUGUACUACUACUAUUCAUAGUCUGUUGUAAGGUUGUAUUAAUAAAAUGGUGCAAGUCUGAAAGUACAAAUCUGCUGUUGCUUAAAGUUGCAUAUGGAUUGAUUAAAUAAAUAAAUAAAUGAAUGAAUGGAUGAAUAAAUAAUAAAUAACAGUCUG